GCUGUCAAAGCGGACUUGCGCGCUCUGUUUCCUCCUCCUCCUCCUCGGUUUAAGCAGAGUCCUGCUCCCAUUGGAGCGCCGAGCGCCACCGAUCCAGCCUUUCUGCGCGACGUCACGGUGCGCAUUAAGCAUAAAGAGGAGGCUGGCUCCGAGCGCAGUCUGCUGGAUACCAGAGAGAGGAGAGAGCUGGGAGAGGCGAGCCUUUAAAUCUCUGCGGUGCAGAGCUGGAAGAGCUGCUUCUCAGAGAAAAAAAAACAGACGCCAUAUAUGUAACUCUGCUUGUUUUUCCUGGAGAAAAAAAGAGACUAAAGGAAGUUGUUGCGUGGACUGGUGCCCCGUUUCAGCGAGAAAACGUGGUAUUUCCUCUACUAUUAUUUAUGUUUUUUUUUCUUUUUUCUUUUUUGUGACUACACUUUUGCUCAAAGGACUGACUUUUUGCACUGAGGCGCGCUGCUUUCUACCUCCUGACCGGGCUCUGCCACAUCCAUUUGAGCAGAAGUGGGCUAAAUGACGCAGACCGUGCGCAGAGCGUCAGUCUGAAACUUUUCCUCUGCAACUUUUCCCCCCCCUUCCCGUUGACUUUUUUCCCUUCAACCAACCUCGCCGUGUUUCAUGCUACAACAAGUCAGCGCGGAGCGGUGGAAGAGCCAAAAGAACGAUUGCAUGAAACCAGAAAGAAGAGAAGAGACGCUGAUUAACAAGUCAGUUUUUGCGACGCUCGCCAAUUAUCUGCAAAAGGGUCGUGACAACAACAUGAGCGCAGAGCUGAGCAUGGGCUCGGAGCUACCCAGCAGCCCUCUGGCUCUGGAAUAUGUCAAUGAUUUUGACUUGAUGAAGUUUGACGUGAAGAAGGAAGGCCUGGCCGGGUUGGAUCGCAACGGGGUGCGUCAGUGUAACCGUCUGCAGCCGCAAGGCUCCGUGUCCUCCACUCCAAUCAGCACGCCCUGCAGCUCGGUGCCCUCCUCGCCCAGCUUCAGCCCCACGGAGCAGAAGCACCACUUAGAGGAGCUGUACUGGAUGCCCAACAGCGGCUACCACCAGCAGAUAGACCCGCAGACGCUCAACCUGACCCCCGAGGACGCAGUGGAGGCCCUGAUUGGAGCCACGGCCCACGGACACCCUCCACCCCCACACGUCCAGCAGCAGCUGCAGCAGCAGGGGGCUUUCGAGGGCUACAGGGGCCCGCACCACCACCACCACAGCCAUCACGCCCACAGCCAGCAGCACCACCACCCGUACGCCGGGAGCAUGCAGCACCACGCAGAGGAACUGCCCGGACACCCCGGUGGACACAGCCACCCCCACGGGCAGCACCAUCACCACCACAGCCAAGACCCCGAGAGUCCAUCCCCAGUUUCCCCAGAGGCCCACCAGACGCUCCACCAUCACCGCCACCACCAUCACCACCAUCCGCACGGCCACCUGAGCCAGUCCGCGGCGCACCACUCCUCCGGGAGCGGACUCAGCGUGGAGGACCGCUUCUCCGACGAGCAGCUGGUGUCCAUGUCGGUGCGGGAGCUCAACAGACACCUACGGGGCUUCACCAAGGACGAGGUCAUCCGCCUGAAGCAGAAGAGGAGGACCCUCAAGAACCGGGGCUAUGCGCAGUCGUGCAGGUUCAAGCGCGUGCAGCAGAAGCACGUGCUGGAGAACGAGAAGACGCAGCUGAUCAACCAGGUGGAGCAGCUGAAGGCGGAGAUCAGCCGGCUGGCGCGGGAGAGGGACGCCUACAAGCUUAAGUGCGAGAAACUGACGGGGUCAGGGGCCAGCAACGGGUUCCGCGAGGCUGGCUCCACCAGUGAUAACCCGUCAUCACCAGAGUUCUUCAUGUGAGUUCAGACAAACUCUCCAUUCCUCUCGGACUCAAUCUGCUGAUGAACAGCUGAUAAUAAUCUCCCAUAUGGUUUGAUUCUAUUAACAAAAGCUAUAUUAGAAAAACAAAAAAUAAUCCAUCAGAUAUUCUCAUAUAUAAUCAUCCCCUCAUUGACAACUGAGAUACAAUAGAGUGUCUGAUAAGUUGCAGCAACUUUGUAGAUUAGUUGCUUCUAGAGACUCUUCUUCUGCAGAGGAUCGGCUGAUGAACUUUUUUUCCUUCUUCCAGGCUACAGCUUUUAAAUAACCUGUAAGUAGUGUGGGAUGGCGCCCCGGCGGUUGUCUUGUCAUUUUUUUAUUUUAUUUUUCUUAUUUUUUUAUUCUCUUGAAAAUCACGACAUUGUUCUGAAAGCAGGCCUGGUUCUGCAGUCUGCAACCCACGAGACUCGAC